AUGCCACCUAAUAUAAACUGGAAAGAUAUAAUGAAAGUUGACCCAGAUGACCUGCCUCGACAAGAAGAACUGGCAGAUAAUUUGUUGAUUUCUCUAUCUAAGGUGGAAAUAAAUGAAAUAAAAAGUGAAAAUCAAGAAAGCUUGAUACACCUUUUCAGAGUUACUCAGUCUCUAAUGAAGAUGAAAGCUCAAGAAGUAGAGCUAGCAUUGGAAGAAGUUGAAAAAGCUGGAGAAGAGCAAGCAAAAUUUGAAAAUCAAUUAAAAAGUAAAUUGAUGAAACUGGAAAAUGAACUAGAGAUGGCACAGCAGUCUGCAGGUGGACGUGAUACUCGGUUUCUACGUGAUGAAAUCCGCCAGCUUGAAAAGCAAUUGGAACAAAAAGAUAGAGAAUUGGAAGACAUAGAAAAGGAAUUAGAGAAAGAGAAGAAAGUUAAUGAACAAUUUGCGCUUCGAAAUGAGGAGGCAGAAAACGAAAACAGCAAAUUAAGAAGAGAGAACAAACGUCUGAAGAAAAAGAAUGAGCAGCUUCGUCAGGAUAUUACUGAUUAUCAGAAACAAAUAGAUUCACAGAAAGAAACACUUUUAUCGAGAAGAGGAGAAGACAGUGACUACCGCUCACAGUUGUCUAAGAAAAAUUAUGAACUGGUACAAUAUCUGGAUGAAAUUCAGACUUUAACAGAAGCUAAUGAGAAAAUUGAAGUUCAGAAUCAAGAAAUGAGAAAAAAUCUAGAAGAGUCUGUACAGGAAAUGGAGAAGAUGACUGAUGAAUAUAACAGAAUGAAAGCCAUUGUGCAUCAAACAGAUAAUGUAACGGAUCAGUUAAAAAAAGAAAAUGAACAUUAUCGGCUUCAAGUGCAGGAGCUUACAGAACUUUUAAAAGCAAAAAACGAAGAAGAUGAUCCGGUCAUGAUAGCUGUCAAUGCAAAAGUUGAAGAAUGGAAGUUAAUUUUGUCUUCUAAAGAUGAUGAAAUUAUUGAAUAUCAGCAAAUGUUACAUAACAUGAGGGAAAAACUUAAAAAUGCACAACUUGAUGCUGAUAAAAGUAAUGUUAUGGCUCUACAACAGGGCAUACAGGAGCGAGAUAGCCAAAUUAAGAUGCUCACUGAACAAGUAGAACAAUACACAAAAGAAAUGGAAAAAAAUACUUACAUUAUUGAAGAUUUGAAAACUGAACUCCAAAGAAACAAAGGUGCUUCAACGCUCUCUCAACAGACUCAUUAUAUGAAAAUUCAGUCAAAGCUGCAAAGUUUAGAAGAGAAAACGAAAGAGGCUGAGAGAACAGCUGAACUGGCUGAGGCUGAUGCUAGGGAAAAGGAUAAAGAACUUGUUGAGGCUUUGAAGCGAUUAAAGGAUUAUGAAUCGGGAGUAUAUGGUUUAGAAGAUGCUGUUGUUGAAAUAAAGAAUUGUAAAAAUCAAAUUAAAAUAAGAGAUCGAGAGAUUGAAGUUUUGACAAAGGAAAUCAAUAAGCUGGAGUGGAAGAUCAAUGAUUUCCUCGAUGAAAAUGAGGCACUUAGAGAGCGUGCAGGCCUUGAACCAAAGACAAUGAUUGAUUUAACUGAAUUUAGAAAUAGCAAAAGCUUAAAACAGCAGCAGUACAGAGCUGAAAACCAGAUCCUUUUGAAAGAGAUUGAAAGCCUUGAGGAAGAACGGCUUGAUCUGAAAAAAAAAAUUCGCCAAAUGGCUCAAGAAAGAGGAAAAAGAGCAGCAACUUUAGGCUUAACAGUUGAGGACUUGAACCUAACUGAAAACUUUUCUCAAGAGAAUAGAAUAGGAGAAAGGAAAUUUGAUUUUGUGAGCCUCAAAGCUAUGAGUGAAGCUCAAUCAAAGAAUGAAUUUCUUUCAAAAGAACUAAUUGAAAAGGAAAGAGAUUUAGAAAGAAGUAGAACUAUAAUAGCCAAAUUUCAGAAUAAAUGUAAAGAAUUAGUUGAAGAAAAUAAGCAACUUGAAGAAGGUAUGAAGGAAAUACUACAAGCUAUUAAGGAGAUGCAAAAAGAUUCUGAUGUUAAAGGAGGAGAAACAUCUCUAAUUAUCCCUAGUCUUGAAAGACUAGUUAGUGCUAUAGAAUCAAAGAAUGCAGAAGGAAUCUUUGAUGCCAAUCUUCAUUUGAAAGCCCAAGUUGAUCAACUUACUGGGAGGAAUGAAGAAUUAAGACAAGAGCUCAGGGAAGCUCGCAAGGAGGCUAUAAAUUAUUCUCAGCAGUUGGCUAAAGCAAAUUUAAAGAUAGAUCAUCUUGACAGAGAGACUAAUCUUUUGCGACAAUCAGAAGGAUGCAAUGUUGUUUUUAAAGGAGUAGACUUACCUGAUGGGAUAGCACCAUCUAGUGCCCAUAUCAUUAAUUCUCAGAAUGAAUAUUUAAUAUAUCUCUUACAGGAAAUAGAAAAUAAAGAAAUACAGUUAAAGAAUUUAGAAGAAUCUCUUGAAGAAUAUAACAGAAAGUUUGCAGUAAUUCGUCACCAGCAAAGCUUAUUAUAUAAAGAAUAUUUAAGUGAAAAGGAGACCUGGAAAACAGAGUCUGAAACAAUAAAAGAGGAAAAGAUAAAACUUGAAAAUCAAAUUCAACAAGAUGCUGUAAAAAUAAAAGAAUAUAAUAAUCUGCUUAAUGCUCUUCAGGUGGAUUCAGAUGAAAUUAAAAAAAUGCUUUCAGAAAAUAGUAGACGAAUCACUGUCUUGCAAGUAAAUGAAAAGUCACUAAUAAGGCAGUAUACAGCUUUACUGGAAAUGGAGCGACAACUUAGAAAAGAAAAUGGGAAACAAAAGAAUGAAUUGAUAUCAAUGGAAGCAGAAGUUUGUGAAAAAAUUGGAUGCUUGCAAAGAUUUAAGGAAAUGGCCAUCUUCAAGAUUGCAGCUCUCCAAAAAGCUUUAGAUAAUAGUGUCUCUCUGUCUGAACUCGAAUUGGCCAAUAAACAAUACAAUGAACUGACAGCUAAAUACAGGGACAUCUUGCAAAAAGAUAAUAUGCUUGUUCAAAGAACAACUAACUUGGAACACCUAGAGAAUAGAGUGAAGGAUCAUGGUUGCAUUCAUGCAGUCUGUAAAUAUGGCUCAGAACAUUUUCCUGCUCUCUUGCCACUUGAUAUCCAUACUUUUUCUGGAAAUGACUCUAACAUGGACAAGACCAAGAAAUCAAUAACCAACAGUGAAAUUGUUUCUAUUUCAAAAAAAAUCACCAUGCUGGAAAUGAAGGAAUUAAAUGAAAGACAGCGGGCUGAACAUUCUCAAAAAAUGUAUGAACAUUUAAGGACUUCAUUUAAACAAAUGGAAGAACGUAAUUUUGAGUUGGAAACCAAAUUUGCUGAGCUUACUAAAAUAAAUCUGGAUGCACAGAAGGUGGAACAGGUGUUGAGAGAUGAGUUAGCCGACAGUGUGAGCAAAGCAGUCAGUGAUGCUGAUAGGCAACGGAUUCUAGAAUUAGAGAAGAAUGAAAUGGAACUAAAAGUUGAAGUGUCAAAACUGCGAGAGAUUUCCGAUAUUGCUAAACGGCAAGUUGAAAUUCUGAAUACACAGCAACAGUCCAGGGAAAAGGAAGUAGAGUCCCUCAGAAUGCAACUUUUAGACUAUCAGGCACAGUCUGAUGAAAAGGCACUAAUUGCCAAGUUGCACCAACAUAUUGUCUGUCUUCAAAUUAGUGAAGCUACUUCUCUUGGUAAGUUGGAGUCAGUUACAUCUAAACUGCGGAAGAUGGAGGCUUCUAAUUUGCGCUUAGAGCAAAAACUUGAUGCAAAAGAACAGACUCUCUAUUAUGCUCGCUUGGAGGGAAGAAAUAGGGCAAAACAUCUGCGCCAAACAAUUCAAUCUCUGCGACGACAGUUUAGUGGAGCUUUACCCUUGGCACAACAGGAGAAGUUCUCUAAAACAAUGAUUCAGCUGCAAAAUGACAAACUUAAGAUAAUGCAAGACAUGAAAAAUUUUCAAAAUGAACAUAGAAAUAUGGAGAAGAAAACGCUGGAAGUGGAAUUAAAGUUAAAGGGCCUAGAAGAGUUAAUAAGCACUUUAAAGGAUUCCAGAGGAGCACAGAAGGUAAUCAGUUGGCACAUGAAAAUAGAAGAACUUCGUCUUCAAGAGCUUAAACUAAAUCGAGAAUUGGUAAAGGAUAAAGAAGAAAUAAAAUAUUUGAAUAACAUAAUUUCUGAGUAUGAGCAUACAAUCAGUAAUCUAGAGGAAGAAAUUGUGCAACAGAACAAGUUUCAUGAAGAAAGACAACUGGCCUGGGAUCAAAGAGAAGUUGAGCUGGAACGCCAGUUAGACAUAUUUGACCGUCAACAAAAUGAAAUACUAAAUGCAGCACAAAAGUUUGAAGAGGCUACAGGAUCGAUGCCAGACCCUAGUUUGCCCCUUGCAAAUCAACUUGAGAUUGCGCUGAGAAAAAUUAAGGAGAAUGUUCGAAUAAUCCUAGAAACAAGAGCAACUUGCAAAUCAUUAGAAGAGAAAUUAAAAGAAAAAGAAUCUGCUUUAUUAUUAGCAGAGCAAAAUAUUCUUUCAAGAGACAAAGUAAUCAACGAAUUAAGGCUUCGAUUACCUGCCACAGCAGAACGAGAAAAACUUUUUACUGAGUUCAACAGAAAAGAGAUGGAACCACAAUAUCAUCAUACAUUAAAAAUUGCUCAUCAGACCAUUGCAAAUAUGCAAGCCAGGUUAAAUCAAAAGGAGGAAGUGUUAAAGAAGUAUCAACAUCUCCUAGAAAAAGCCAGAGAGGAGCAAAGAGAAAUUGUUAAGAAACAUGAGGAAGACCUUCAUAUUCUUCAUCAUAAAUUAGAACUACAGGCUGAUAGUUCACUCAAUAAAUUCAAACAAACAGCUUGGGAUUUAAUGAAACAGCCUCCUACUUCAGUUCCAACCAACAAGCACUUCAUUCGUCUGGCCGAGAUGGAACAGACAGUGGCAGAGCAGGAUGACUCUCUGUCUUCACUUUUGAUCAAACUGAAGCAAGUGUCACAAGAUCUAGAGAGACAAAAAGAAAUCACAGCAUUAAAAAUCAAAGAAUUUGAAAAUAUUAAAUCAAGACUCCAAGAAAACCAUGCAAAUGAAGUAAAAAAAGUGAAAGCAGAAGUCGAAGAUUUAAGGUGUCUUCUGGCCCAAUCACAAAAGGAAUCACAGAGUUUGAAAUCUGAAAUUCAGGCUCAAAAAGAAGCAAAUUCUAGAGCUCCUACAACUACAAUGAGGAAUCUAGUAGAACGGCUAAAGAGUCAAUUAGCCUUGAAAGAGAAGCAACAGAAAGCACUUAGUCGAGCCCUUUUGGAACUUCGGGCAGAGAUGACAGCAGCAGCUGAAGAACGUAUUAUUUCUGCAGCUUCUCAGAAAGAAACAAAUCUCAAUGUUCAGCAAAUUGUUGAUCGACAUACCAGAGAGCUAAAGUCACAAAUUGAAGAUUUAAGUGAAAAUCUUUUAAAAUUGAAAGAAGCUUUGAAAACAAGUAAGAAUAGAGAAAACACACUAGCUGAGAAUUUGAAUGACUUAAACAAUGAACUGCAAAAAAAACAAAAAGCCUACAAUAAAAUAGUUAGAGAGAAAGAUGGACUCGAUCAAGAGAAUGAUGAACUGAAAAGGCAAAUUAAAAGACUAACCAGUGGAUUACAGGGCAAACUUCUGCUAGAUAGUAAACAAAGUUUAAUUGAAGAACUCCAAAAGAAAAUUAAAAAGUUAGAAAGCCAACAUGAGAGAAAGGUAGAUGAAGUGGAGAUAAAAACCAUGAAAGAAAAGAGUGCCAAAGAGGAAUUAAUCAGGUGGGAAGAAGGUAAAAAAUGGCAAACCAAAGUAGAAGGAAUUCGAAAUAAAUUAAAAGAGAAAGAGGGGGAAGUCUAUACUCUAACAAAACAGUUGAAUACAUUGAAGGAUCUUUUUGCUAAAGCUGAUAAAGAGAAACUUACUUUGCAGAGGAAACUGAAAACAACUGGCAUGACUGUUGAUCAAGUUAUGGGAGUACGAGCUUUGGAGUCAGAAAAAGAGCUAGAAGAGUUAAAAAAGAGAAAUCUUGACUUAGAAAGUGACAUAACUUAUAUGAGGACCCACCAAGCUCUUCCUCGAGAUUCUGUGAUAGAAGAUUUACACUUACAAAAUAGAUACCUCCAAGAAAAACUUCAUGCUUUAGAAAAACAAUUGUCAAAAGAUGCAUAUUCUAGGCCCUUGACUUCAGGAAUAGAGUCUGAUGAUCAUUGCCAAAGAGAACAGGAGCUUCAGAAGGAAAACUUGAAGUUGUCAUCUGAAAAUAUUGAACUAAAAUUUCAGCUUGAACAAGCAAACAAAGAUUUGCCAAGAUUAAAGAAUCAAGUAAGAGAUUUGAAGGAAAUGUGUGAAUUUCUUAAAAAAGAAAAGGUAGAAGUUGAGCGGAAACUCGGUCAUGUUAGAGGGUCUGGUCGAAGUGGGAAGACAAUCCCAGAAUUAGAGAAAACCAUUGGUUUAAUGAAAAAAGUAGUUGAAAAAGUCCAAAGAGAAAAUGACCAGUUGAAAAAAGCAUCAGGAAUAAUGACCAGUGAGAAAAUGGCUAAUAUUGAGCAGGAAAAUGAAAAGUUGAAGGCUGAAUUGGAAAAACUUAAAGCUCACCUUGGACGUCAGUUGAGCAUGCAUUAUGAGUCUAAGACCAAAGGCACAGCGAAAAUUAUUGCUGAAAAUGAAAGGCUUCGUAAAGAACUUAAAAAAGAAACUGAAGCUGCAGAGAAAUUAAGGAUAACCAAGAAUAAUUUAGAGAUACUAAAUGAGAAGAUGACAGUCCAGCUAGAAGAGACUGGUAAGAGAUUACAGUUUGCAGAAAGCAGAGGUCCACAGCUGGAAGGUGCUGACAGUAAGAGCUGGAAAUCAAUUGUUGUCACAAGAAUGUAUGAAACCAAGUUGAAAGAAUUGGAAACUGAUAUUGACAAAAAGAAUCAAAGCAUUAUUGAUCUUAAACAGCUUGUAAGAGAAGCAGCAGAGAGAGAAGAAAAAAUUAAGAAGUAUACUAAAGACCUUGAGCAACAGAUUGAGAUUCUCAAACAUGUCCCUGAAGGUGCGAAGACAGAACAAGGCCUUAACCGAGAGCUCCAAGUUCUGAGAUUGGCUAAUAUACAGCUGGAAAAAGAAAAAGCAGAAUUAAUGCACCAGAUAGAAGGUAACAGAGACCAAAGUGGCAAUGAAAGCUCUAUACCUGAUACUGAUCAACUAAAGGAAAAGGUAAAAGAUAUAGAGACACAGCUCAAAACUUCAGACCUAGAAAAGCAGCAUUUGAAGGAGCAAAUAAAAAAGCUGAAAAAAGAACUGGAAAACUUUGAUCCUUCAUUUUUUGAAGAAAUUGAAGACCUGAAGUAUAAUUACAAAGAAGAAGUAAAAAAAAAUAUUCUCUUAGAAGAAAAAUUAAAAAAACUUUCAGAACAGUUUGGAGUUGAAUUAACUAGUCUUACAGAUGCUUCUGAACAAUAUGAAGAUGAAGAGGAAAGUCCUGUUAAUUUCCCCAUUUAUUAA